AUGGCGCCUUCUGAAAAAGUGGGCAUCGUCUCUAUUGGCGAGAUGGGCGUUGGUGUCGCCAAGUUGCUUGUCGCCCAUGGCUACACUGUUCUGACCAAUAUUACUGGCCGCAGCGAGUACACACAAAGGCGUGCCACAACGGCCUCCAUUGUCCUGCUUGGGAGCGACGAAGACCUCGUCUCCCAGGCCGACUAUCUGCUGUCAAUCGUGCCGCCCCGUGAUGCUCUAGCCACCGCCGAGCGCUUCGCAGGGGUCAAGACCAGCGGCCGUAUAAAGCCACUUUACUAUCUCGACCUCAACGCGACAAGUCCCAAGCUUGCACGCAAGACGGCCGAGAUAUUCCGUCAAAACGCGCCCGGCGUCAAGUAUGUGGAUGGCGGCAUUAUUGGCGGGCCGCCACGGGUCGUGGAGGAGCAAGACUGCACUCAGUCAGCAACGCCUACUGAUAUUGGCGUUGGCUGGGCGCGACCUUCCAUCCCUCUGUCGGGUCCGCAUGAGCUGCCAAAUGAGCACUUGGCCAAGGUCCUCAACGUAACCCACGUAGGUCCAGAGGUCGGAUCUGCUAGUGGUCUAAAGUGCUGUUUCGGCUCUAUAAUCAAGGGCCUCAUUGCCAUUUCCAUCCAGUCCUUUAGCACGGCCGAGGCACUCGGGGUGUAUGGAGAACUUCAGCGCCACCUGGAAAUGUUCCAACCCGCGCUGCAAAAGAGCACGACAAGGAUGGUGACAGAGAUUCCGCCAAAAGCUGGUCGCUGGGUUGACGAGAUGUGGGAGAUUGGGAGGUGUUUUGGCGAAGAUGGCGGAUGGGACAAUGUGACUGGUGACGAAGGGGCCGAUGUGUACAAGCGCAUCGCUGAAGUGUACAGGACGAUUGCGGACGAUACGGUGCUGGGCAAGGAGAGACCGGAGCACCGGGUGAGGGGUAAGACGGCCGAUGAUGUAGCGGUCGCUAUUGUAGAUGCCUUGAAGGGAGGGAAGGGUGCAAAGCCCAAGGACCACUGA